AUGUCGACCGAGUUGCAAACCAUCCAGGCUGUCCACGAGGCUGUCCACGAGGCUGUCCACGACGCCGAGUCAAGGCAGAAUAACCAGACUGAAGAGCCAGCAAAACUAUCCCCCCCCCAGACCGUCCUGGUCGUGAUUCAGCUGCUGGGCCUGUCUCUGUUCAGCAGUUUCUGCAACGGCGUCAUUGUCGUCGGCCUGCCCACCAUCGCCGCCAGUCUCGACAUCCCCGACCGGCUGCUGCUCUGGCCAACCUCGGCCUUUUACCUGACCGCCGGAUCGUGUCUAUUGAUCGCCGGGUCCGUGGCCGAUGUCGUGGGCGCCAAACCGGUCAACCUGGGCGGCGCCUUUCUCAGCGCCGUCUGCGCCGUGGCCUGUGGUCUGGCCCGGACCGGCGGCGAGAUCAUCGCCUUCCGCGCCCUGCAGGGCGUGACAAACGCCAUCAUCGUGCCCUCGUCCAUCGCCAUCAUCUCGACGCAGGUGCCCCAAGGCCCCCGCCGCAACCUGGGCUUUGCCUGCCUGGGGCUCGCGGGGCCGCUGGGCUUCUCGCUCGGCCUGGUCCUCGGCGGGGUGUUUGUCGACGGCGUCGGCUGGCGCGCCGCCUUCUAUCUCGCGGGGGCGAUCAGCUUUGCGCUCUUCCUCGUCGGCAUCUGGGCGUUGCCUGAUGCUCGCCCCUGUGGUUCGGGGGAGCGAUUGUUGAAGGAGAUUGACUGGACGGGGGCGAUUCUGUUAAGCGCCGGGCUGGCCAUACUGUCCUAUGUUUUGUCAGCACUGUCGGGAAACACCAACAACAUCCACCAGCCAUCGAAUAUCGCCCUCCUGGCGACGAGUGUCGUCUGCAUUGCGGCAUUUGUCUGGUGGAUGCAACACCAGGUCGAGCACCAGCGGCCAGCGCUCAUCCCCAACGCUCUCUGGCGCAGCUCCGUGUUUACCAGCAGCUGCAUCAUGGUCUUCCUGACGACCGCCGGGACCAACUGCAUGGAGCUGUAUAGCAGUCUGUACUUCCAAAACAUCCAGAACAGCUCCGCCCUCGGAGCCUCCCUGCGCAUUCUCCCGUCGCUCAUUGCCGGCGCCUUGACCAACGUGUCGACCGGCGUGUUUGUGAACCGCAUGCCCGUGCUCUGGGUGGUCUUGGGCUCGUCCGCGGCCAGCGCCGCGGCGCCGCUUCUGAUGGCGGUGAUCCAUCCCGACUGGCCGUACUGGUACGACGCCUUCUUUGCGCAGCUCCUCGCGCCGCUCAGCUGCGACAUCCUCUUCACCGUCGGCCUGCUGGUCAUCUCCGACGUCUUCCCGGCACACACGCAGGCGCUGGGCGGGGCCGUCUUCAACACCUGCGCCCAGCUCGGCACCGCGAUCGGAUUGUCCAUCACCUCCGUCAUCACCGACGCUGCCGCCGAGCCCGUCUCGGGGUAUCGCGCCGUCUUCUGGACGAUGACGGCUUGGAUGGGCCUCGUCUGUCUGGUGUGUCUGUUGGGACUGCGUCGGGUGGGGGAAAUCGGAGUCAAGCGGGAUUAA